AUGUUUGCAAAAUUGAGACUUAACAACAACGACGACAAAUAUCCCAAAUUUAGAUUGACUAUCCCUGCGCACGUGGAAGAGGUUUCCGAAGAGACCGAGAAGUCCACAGGCGCUUCAGCAAUUAUUAAAGGCCUUGAAGUUAGAUCUCCCACGACAACAGAGAGCGUCGAAUUGCCAAAACCAGAGGAUCCCGUCAACGCAUCUCUCGUCGCAUUGUUGCGAGCUGUGUGCAUGGAGAUUCCGACACCACUACAGUGGAAAAGUAGCAAGCCCUCAUUCGCAAUGACUCAGGGCAAAGCACGAAUCACCUCGGUCGUAGAUGGACACCUGAGUCAAUUCCUGGAUUCGGAGAGUUCUUCCAACGCAACGCUCAAGGUCAAGCCAUACCUCCUUCGGUCGGACAACUUCGGAAAUAUCCCAAGACAGGCUGAGCAAGGAGUAGUCCAGGAACGAAGAGAUUCUUGA